AGAUUUUAAUAUAUUAAAUAGAAGCACUAGUGAUAAAGCCAACUCAUAAAAGAGGAGCAAACCUAGUUUGUAGCUGUUUAUUAUCUUGCAGCACCGGCAAUCAACUUUUCUCUCUUUCUCUUGUUUUUCUCAGUACUGUGAAUGUGCUUAAUUAGUACGGAUUUUUUUUGUUGAGCUAAAUAUCAAAUAUAGUACUCUCCAAUGCAUUCCAACUAUACCCUUUUAGUCCUCUAGAAAAUAAAAUAUCUCUCUUCUACUUUCUCCAACAACUCUUUCUUCUUCUUCUUCUUCUUCUUCUUCUCUACUUCUUCACACUCGCAAUUUCUUUCUUCUGUACUUCUGUCAACUCAACUACCUGCAAACAUGAGUAAACAAGACGUGAUGAAAAUUCAGAAUUGCCUUCUCAAGGUUAAUAUCCACUGUGAAGGUUGUGAACAGAAAGUAAAGAAACUGCUUCAGAAAAUUGAAGGGGUGUAUUCUGUGAAUAUAGAUGCAGAACAAGGGAAAGUGUUGGUGUCUGGUCAUAUAGAUCCAGCAAAACUCAUCAAAAAGCUGAAAAGUUCAGGGAAACAUGCUGAACUAUGGGGUGGUGGACAGAAACCACCCAUGAUGUUCAAUCAAAAUCAAAACUUUCAACAACAGCAACAACAACAGCAACCUCAGUUUAAAAACAUGCAAAUGGACAACAACAAAGGUGGUAAGAACAACAAGCCUCAGAAUCAAAAGGGUCAGAAAGGUGUUCAAGUAGCACAGUUUCAAAACCCCAAAGGGGGAAAAGAUCUGAAAGUGCCAAAUAAAUCUCAGAAACAUGUUAACUUUGAUGUAUCUGAGGAUGAAUUUGAAGAUAGUGAUGGUGAUUUUGAUGACUAUGAUGAUGAAGAUGAUUUUGAUGAUGAUGAGGAUGAUGAUUUUGGUCAUGGACAUGGUCAUGGAAAUGUAGGAUUUGGGCAUCCUAUGCAUAAUAAUAACAAGAUGAUGGCUAUGAUGGGUAAUGGUCGUGGGCCACAGAUGGGGCCUGGUGGUAUGAUGAAUGGGCCUGCUGCUAUGCAUAUGAUGAACAACCCUAAAGGGAAUGGUUUUGGUGGUGGGGGUGGGGUUGGUAAUUUUGUAAAUGCUAAAAAAGGUGAUGUUUUAGAUCUACCUAUGCAAAUGCAAAUGAAGGGUAAAAGUGGAGGAAAUUACAGUGAGGUAAAAAAUGGUAAUGGAGGAGGGGGGAAGAAAGGCGGCGGUGGCGGUGAAGAUGGAGGUGGUAAAAAGAACAAAGGGGGUGAUGGAAAGCAAAAGGGUGGUGGUGGUAGUGAUUGGGAGGGUGAGAAUAAUAGUAGUAGCAAGAAGAAGAAUGGAAAAGACAAAAAUGGUGGUGGUGGGGGCGGUGGAUUUCUAGUUAAGAUGCUAGGGUUUGGAAAAAAGAGCAAGAAGGGAGGUGCAACUGACAAAACAAACAAAAACAAUGGAGGAGGUGGAAAUAGCAACAACACCCCCAAAGGAAAAGAAGGUAAGAAAGGUGGAUCAAAAUUGGAUAAAAUUGAUUUUGAUUUCCAAGAUUUUGAUAUCAGUACUCCUCAUGGUAAAAGUGGCAAGGGUGGAAAUGGAAAUGGAAAUGGUAAAGGUAAAGGUAAUCCUGCCAAGGCUAACAACAAUAAUGGUCAUGGUGGUAACAAUAAUGGAAAUGUGGGCCAUAUGGGUCCAAUGGGCCAGAUGGGUGCAAUGAAUCAAAUGGGCUCAAUGGGCCAGAUGGCUGCAAUGAAUAGGAUGGGUCCAAUGGGCCAAAUGGGUCCAAUGGACCAAAUGAGGAGCAUGCCGGCAGUGCAAGGGUUACCAGCCGGGGCAGCUGCCGCAGCUAUGAAUGGCGGUUAUUAUCCAGGAAUGCAGCAGCAGAUGCAACCAAAUCCUUAUCAUCAGCAGCAACAACAGCAACAGCAGCAGCAACAACAACAGCAGCAAUACAUGGCUAUGAUGAUGCAGCAACAACAUCAACAGCAGCAAAUGCAGCAACAACAACAGCAAGCAAAUAUGUAUCCACCACAAAUGAUGUAUGGAGGAAGGUAUAUGCCACCACCACCAAUGCCAUCACACCCUAUGGCAGAUCCUAUCACUCAUGUUUUCAGUGAUGAGAACACUGAGAGCUGCAGCAUCAUGUAAAGUAAUUAAUUAAAUUAUUAUUACUAGUAGUGACUAGUUUGUUUUCAGGUUUUAUUAGUUUGUCUUUUUUUUUUUUGGGGGUCCAUUAAAUUUUGUUGCUGUGUUAGGAAAAUGUGCAAGGUUUAAGGGAUUUAUGUGAUCUAUCAUAUGAUGUUUGUUUUA